GGCCGAAGGUCGAGGGUCCAAGAGGGUCCGAUAUACCGGUAUGAAGCUGCACGAACUACUGUAAUUCGUCUCGCUGUUUAGGCCGGGCUUUACAAACGCGCGCGCGGGAAUCUAUGCGAAGAAUGUUUUGCAUACAUCUAGUGUUGUUGUGCUAGCAGUGCAUUGCAGAAGCAGUGCAGUGAUCGAGUGCUCAUCUGGAUUCUGCUCAAUUGAAAUCUACGACAGUUCUCUUUUUCUGAAAUUUUGCAGAGCUCCAAAGUAGUCUACAAUAAUUAAAUACAAAGCAAAAGUCUUUGUUUCAGGAUUCAAUUCAGACCGAAAGUGCUCAAGUCUUUGCUCACAACCACAUCACUGGACUCUGUCUAAUUCUAUUAUUGGCAAUAGACCAGUUGUACUUUUUUGUUUUGGAAUUGAAUGGACCAACACUGAAAACAAAAGUUGCUUGCUCAAAUCAUAACUUAAAGGAUACCGUAUCCCAACAACCAGCAGAAUCUUCUUAGUCUCAUGCCAAUUUUUACAGGAAUUUAGUGACGUUCGAAGGUGCAUCCACUGAUCCAUAUUAGCGGACGUCAAUUGCCAACAUGCCAAGAAUCGACAGCGACAUCAAGCUAGACUUCAAAGAUGUUCUUGUUCGACCAAAGAGGAGCACAUUGAAGAGCCGAUCGGAGGUGGAGCUCCAAAAUAAAGUAAAUUUGGAGAGGAGUUACAUCUUCAGGAACUCAAAGAAAUCCUACAAUGGCGUCCCAAUCAUGGCAGCUAACAUGGACACGGUGGGCAAUUUUGAAAUGGCCAAGGCUCUAGCAAGUCAUGGUCUGUUUUCGUGCAUCCACAAACAUUAUUCUGUUCAAGACUGGGUUGAUUUCGCUACCAACAAUCCAGAGACAUUGAAAAAUGUAGCGGUUAGUUCCGGAACGUCGCAAAAGGAUGCUGAGAAAGUGGCCGAGAUCAUCGCUGCCAUACCGGCCAUCCAGUACAUCUGUCUUGACGUUGCCAAUGGCUACUCAGAGGUCUUUGUCCAGACCGUCAAAGAGUUCAGGCAGAACUUUCCAGAGCAUACCAUUUUUGCUGGUAACGUAGUAACGGGAGAGAUGGUUGAAGAACUGCUUUUAGCUGGAGCUGAUGUCAUCAAGGUUGGAAUUGGACCAGGUUCUGUGUGUACCACGAGGAAGAAAGCUGGUGUAGGAUACCCACAGCUGAGCGCUGUCAUUGAGUGUGCAGACGCUGCUCAUGGACUGAAUGGACAUAUCAUAUCGGACGGCGGAUGCACAUGCCCCGGUGAUGUUGUCAAGGCUUUUGGUGCUGGAGCAGAUUUUGUGAUGCUGGGAGGAAUGUUUUCAGGUCAUGACCAGACAGAAGGUGAAGUGAUAGAACGCAAUGGGAAGAGAAUGAAACUCUUCUACGGUAUGAGCUCUGCAACGGCCAUGAAUAAACACGUCGGUGGAGUCGCAAACUACAGAGCCAGUGAAGGGAAGACGGUCGAGGUUGCUUACAAGGGAGACGUGAAUAUGACAAUAUUGGACAUCUUGGGAGGUUUGCGCUCUGCCUGUACGUACGUUGGUGCCAGUAAGUUGAAGGAGCUCAGUCGCCGCACAACGUUUAUCCGCGUCACGCAACAAACCAACGAUAUAUUUGGACAUCAAACCUAAUUCGUCCUGACUGAUUCAGUAUCUAGCUUCAUGGUCAUCAUUAUAAUCCCUACAUGCUGCUGGGGGUCAUAAAGCUGUUUGUAAAGUUACGCACAACUGAAACGAGUUCCUUGGUGCUAUGUCAGUUACAAAGGUAAAUGUAAUUUAGCACAAGAAAGGGUCAACAGUCAUAACUGACGAACAGCUUUUAAUAUGAAUUAUCCACCAGAUGUGCUUAUGGAAGUCUAUUUAUUUGUGGAGAAAAGUAUUAGAUACAUAUUCCCCACAUAUACAUAGACUACCAGUAAAUUGAUUGCAUACAUUUUUAAAAAUCAAUCGUGAGACAUUUCUUGUGCCCUGGAGCACAAAAAAUAUGAUUUUUUUUUAUUAAUCUCAAACGUAAGGCCAAGAAACACCACAUAGCUUCCAACAGUAGAUUUCAUUUGAUUGGUAUUCAUUUCAUUAUUAUUCAAAAACUGAUUCAUGGAUAACUGUGAAAUUUGGUAGAUAUACUGUAUGUCUGGUAUUACAUUAAUAUCCGAAUGUGUUUUAGGGCAUAGAUAAAUGAAGUGAAUAGUCGCAUAUUUGUUUUUUAGUAUUUUCUUAAAUUCAUCAUUUAACUCUAAACCGGGGGGUUUGAGCCCUCGUGUGAUAUUUGCAGUUGGCUGAUGACCACCUCGUUUUGUAAUCACAUAGUAGCUCAAGAAAGGUAUCACUGAACUUUGUCUACAAAAUAAUGGAGAAUAUACAUUUUUCAGAAUUGCCACUAACAAUUGAUUUGACAUCCUAAGCCAUUUGAAUCAUACUUUUAAUUUUCAUUUUGAUUAAUCCAUGAAGCAAAGUAUAAUGGGGAAUUGGGUGUCAGAAGUACAGAGAGUUUUGUUAUUUUAUUCACUGGAAUUUCUAUUGUAUAUGUUUCCUUUGUCCUUUUUAUUCUGGUUGUUAAUAUUUGAAAUGUGUACAUAUGUGUCACUUAUUGAGCUAGGGGUGGUUGAAAUAGUCACCUAUAUCAUAUUUGUCAAAUGUAAAUCAUUGUUGCUCCAUUUUACCAGGUGGGUGUUUCAUAAAGCUGUUUGUUAAGUUACGAAUGACUUUACGCACGACUGGAACAUGUUCCUAGGUCAUAACUCAAUUACAUCUGGAUGAUCUAGGGAUAUCACAUAGCACAAGAAAGGAUCACCAGUUGUGAGUAAAGUCGUUCGUAUCUUACAAACAGCUUUAUAAAACACCCACCAGGGUUGCAGUCCUAUUUUGACUCGCAAAGCACAUUUUCUUUUUGUCUCGCCUGAAUGAAGUUCGUUAGAGACAUAGUGAUCACUUUUCCUGUUGAUCUGUUAGUCUGUUCCAAAAUGUUCAAGUUUUUGUUCAACUUGCUUUCAUUUCUUUAUUUCUGUAUCAAUUAUGAUCAUACUUGGUACAUAUGAUCCUUAGGUAAGACCACACGUGUGUCCAAUAGGAUGAUAUGGUCAAAGGUCAUCUAGGGCUCAAAAGGUCAAAUGAUAUGAGGUCAUGAUCACCUUUUUUUUAAGUGUUUGUAUUUCAGUCACAGCAACUGAUUGAAAAUGCUCAUGACAAGUACUUUUAUUGAAUGUAUUCAUUCCUCUACAGUUGUGUGUGCUGGGUCUUUAAUUAUCUGUGGUUCACAAGAAUAAAUUGAUCAUUUGUUGUACUGAAGUGUGCAAACUUUGCACUGGGUAUGUUUUUUAUAUAUUGAAUACACACCAUUUUAAACCAAGGGGAAAAGAUAGUAAGUAGAGGUGAUAAGAUAUGUCACUGUUAUCACAUGUUCAAGUCAUCUGAGUUCUUUUAUAGAUAGUAUAGGCUGAAUUUAAAAAAAAGUUCAUAUCGAUCAGGGAAUGGUUCUGUAACACUAAAUAUCAUGUAGCGUCUUCUCCAUGUGCAUGUAACAAGGCAUUCUAAAUACAUGUAAACAACCAAACUUUAGAUAAAUGCUUGCAAGCAUUGGAAUGUGUAUUUUACCACGUGUAAUAUGUGUUUUCAUUCAUGCAUUCAGCUAUAACUCCUUUGCAGGUUAAUGAUCACCGUAGCUUUGAAUGAAACUGAAUCACGGAAUGAGAAAACAGAAGCUUCGUUUCUCAUGAAUUUGCUCUUGUUCUUAAAAUGGACUUGCCUUUCAGAGAUAUGCAUAUCAUCAUUAUAUACCUUAAGUUGAGAAUAUUUUAGUUGUAAUGAAAGCAGAAAAAAUAUGAGAGAAAAUAUUGGUAAAGGUUUGAUUAAAAUCUGUUUUCAAAUAAUGAAGCUAUGAAUUUAUAAUUCUUUUUUUUUAUUUUUUGACAUGGAUGAGCAGCUCCUAUAUGUUGUGUGAAAUGAUAAACUCCCAAAAUAGCCAUUUUCUCCAACAUUUGGAAAUUAUUUUAUUUUUGUGGGGGAUAUAUCAUCAAACCCAUCAUUUCACACUACAUUCUAUAAGAAAAACAUUUGUAUUUUUCACAUUCCAUUAGAAAAUGAAAUUUAUAGAAUUCACACCAUGCGCUACAUGGGGAAGCUGCCUACAUACACAUAAGAUACCACAAAAUAAAAAAGUAAUAAAAGAUGUAACACUUAUUAUUUGAUAAAUUUUGGUCAAAGCUUCACCAUUAUUUUCCAUAUUAUCUGCUUUUAUUGAAACCAUCUUUGUAAGGGUGAGCUUCCCCUUUUUUGAUACCAAUGCCAUCAGCUGAAAGCUAGUUGGCAAUUUGACAAGUUGGGCAAUGUGAACCAUGUCCCAUGAGGGCUGGUCUAUAUUAUUUGAUCACUUAUGCCUUGAUAAAAGCACAAAGCAGUUUUGAGUACCGGUAGUACUUGUAUGUGUCAUCGCAUUCAUGUUUAUUUCUCCCUCUGCAAAGAGGUUCAUCAUUGAAAGUUGUCCAUCAUUUAAGGUAGUCCAUCCUUUUGAAUCAGACAAGAAAAUUCUGGUUAUAUUACUGAAUGCAUUAACUUUGAUCCUCAGGUCAGUACAUAUUGUAGUAAUUUACAACAUUUUAGUUAAUGUUUGGUUAAUCAUGGACCUAUUGGGUGCACUAUUAUGGAGUUGGUAUUUCAUGCACAAGUUACAAUUUUUGUGUCAUCCUGCAGCAAAAAGCUGUAUUGGAGUAAAUGUGAGAGUAGUCCUUGCCUUACAUCACUAUGACAUCAUCAAUGUGGCCAAUUUGAAGUUUCCAUGGGUAUAGCGAUUACCAGUUUUUACAACUUUAAAAAAUUCAUCCUAUUCUGUCAAAACUUUCACCUAAUGUACUGGGUUGGAUUCCCCUCUAAGUUCAUUAUUCUGCUGGUUUAUGUUGGUGUUAACAGACAGCACUAACUGUAUUAAACUCUAAACUUGUUCUUUUUGAUUUGUGACUGUCUAAUACUGUCUAACAAAAAUUGUUUGGAGUUAAAUAUAUCAUGACAUGGCAAGAUAUGACAGGGUCUUUUGGGCUGGUAGGGAUGCAUUUCUCUAGAUGUACACCGUGCUGCCACCACACAAAGUUUUUUCAGACUUUAUAGAACUUACAUUUUCACCUGGACUAUGUAUUGCUUUUUUUAAAUCUGAAUAUGAGGAUCUUGCUGUUCAGUGUAUUCAUUUUCACUAUACUUGUUGGCAUAUAUAGCAUCAGACAUUUUCUACCCUCAAAUAUUUUAGAGUGUUUUCUUUUACUAUCAUGAUUUUAUUAUGGAUUGAUUUACUAUUAGUUAAAAAGGAAAAAGAAAUAUUUAUGGGCAGCUGAUGUGAUUUUAGCCUGUAGUAUAUAGAGCAAAGAUUGUUAUUGAUAUUUUUUUGCAUUUUCCAUAAUUUUUCCUUUCAUUUUUUAAGUCAUUAUUUCUAUAAAAAUAGCAAUACUUUGGAAAAUCUCAAAUGUUGUUUGAGGUAUUUGUAAUAUUUUCCAUUUUUUGUAGUGAACCCAAUUUAACUUCAUAUCAUGUAUAAUAGGAGAAAUUUGCUGUUGUAGCAAAUCUAUCUUUGCGAUGUUAUUUUGAUAUUUAGCAUGUAAAACUUAAGCCACACAAAUAAGCUAUGACUAACUUAAAUAGCGGGUUACUUUUCCUAUCUCCUUUAAUCAUUACUUUGAUGUCUUUUAGCAAUAAAA